GAUUACAGGUGUGAGCCACUGAGCCCGGCCUGUUGGUCACAUUUUAACAUGGAGAUUGCUUAAAAAACCUUGAUUUCUGACUUUUCUUGAAAGGUCACCCUAACAACACCGGGUUCACUGCACAUACACUAGCGGCCACUUCCCUGCUUGGUAUCAGCCUGGCUUUUUGGGGCAUUUAAGUUUGCGACUCCUGUAUUAGGGACAGUGAGAGGGGAGCAGUUAAUUGUGGAAAUGGGUAGGGUAGGUGAAGGCUUCUCAGAGGACGACUUCCCAGAGGCUGUCCCAGCAAUGGGAGUGCCAGACGGUUGGGGCCCACACAGGCUGUGGCAGGGAGGUAGGAUGCAGCUGAGGCAUCUGCGCUGGAAGAAGGGCUGUGCUGGGAUCUAGCUUUGCAGCACAGCGAAGGUGAAUCACAAGCAAGAACCCACAUCAAGUUUUCCACCCGGGAUGUGAAAACCAAUAAAGCCUCAGGAGAGAGGCAUUGCUCGUUCGUUUUUUCCGAAAAUCAUUCCAAAUUAUGUCCCAAUUCGACUUUCUUCAACUUCAUCCCAGAAAAGCAAAGGCCGGGCACUUGAACAAGAACAGCUGUCAGCCUAGGGCGCCGCCGCGGGGUUGGUGGGGGCUGGAGCGGGGCCGGACUCUAAUUGGUCCACGGCCUCGGCCCGACUAUCAAAUCAGCAGAGCCUGCGUCAUCACGUCAUUGCCUGGGCGACCGUCCGCGGAAAUUUGAAAUGGCUGACGGAUCGCUGACUGGCGGCGGUCUGGAGGCGGCGGCCAUGGCGCCGGAGCGCACGGGCUGGGCGGCCGAGCAGGAGCCGGCGUCUCUGGAGAAAGGUUUGUUCCAAGAUGAAGAUUCAUGCAGUGAUUGUAGCUACCGUGAUAAACCAGGUUCUAGUUUACAAAGUUUUAUGCCUGAAGGAAAAACCUUUUUCCCAGAAAUUUUCCAAACAAAUCAACUUUUGUUCUAUGAGCGAUUCAGAGCCUAUCAAGAUUACAUUUUAGCUGACUGCAAGGCCUCUGAGGUACAGGAAUUCACAGCUGAGUUCUUGGAGAAGGUCCUUGAGCCAUCUGGAUGGCGGGCGGUCUGGCACACUAACGUGUUCAAGGUGCUGGUUGAGGCCACAGAUGUGGACUUUGCAGCCUUGAAGGCAGUGGUGAGGCUUGCUGAACCAUACCUCUGUGACUCUCAAGUGAGCACUUUUACCGUGGAGUGCAUGAAGGAGCUCCUCGAUCUGAAGGAACAUCGGUUGCCCCUGCAGGAGCUCUGGGUGGUGUUUGAUGAUUCGGGAGUGUUUGACCAGACAGCUCUUGCAAUUGAGCAUGUCAGAUUUUUCUACCAAAACAUUUGGAGGAGUUGGGAUGAAGAAGAGGAGGAUGAAUAUGAUUAUUUUGUCAGAUGUGUUGAACCUCGAUUAAGAUUGCAUUAUGACAUUCUUGAAGACCGAGUUCCAUCAGGACUUAUUGUUGACUACCGCAAUCUGUUGUCUCAAUGUGAGGAGAGUUACAGGAAAUUUUUAAAUCUGAGAAGCAGUUUGUCAAAUUGUAACUCUGAUUCUGAGCAGGAAAAUAUCUCCAUGGUGGAAGGGUUAAAAUUGUAUUCGGAGAUGGAACAGUUGAAACAAAAGCUGAAACUCAUUGAGAAUCCUUUGUUGAGGUAUGUGUUCGGUUAUCAGAAGAAUUCUAAUAUCCAAGCAAAGGGUGUUCGUCCCAGCGGUCAGAAGAUCACUCACGUGGUCUCCUCCACCAUGGUGGUUGGUCUCCUGCGGUCCCUGCUCACAGACAGGCUUUGUCAGGAGCCCGGUGAGGAAGAAAGAGAAAUUCAGUUCCAUAGUGAUCCACUGUCUGCUAUAAAUGCCUGCUUUGAAGGUGACACUGUUAUUGUUUGUCCUGGCCAUUAUGUGGUACAUGGCACUUUCUCCAUUGCUGACUCCAUUGAGUUGGAAGGAUAUGGCCUACCAGAUGACAUUGUGAUAGAAAAGAGGGGCAAAGGCGACACUUUUGUGGACUGCACUGGUGCUGAUAUUAAAAUUUCAGGCAUAAAAUUUGUUCAGCACGAUGCUGUAGAGGGAAUCUUAAUUGUUCACCGUGGUAAGACUACGCUGGAAAACUGUGUGCUGCAGUGUGAGACGACUGGAGUCACAGUGCGGACAUCGGCAGAGUUUCUAAUGAAGAACUCGGAUUUAUAUGGCGCCAAGGGUGCCGGUAUAGAAAUCUACCCUGGGAGUCAGUGCACCCUAAGUGACAAUGGGAUCCAUCACUGCAAGGAAGGGAUCCUCAUUAAGGACUUCUUAGAUGAACAUUAUGACAUUCCCAAGAUAUCCAUGGUGAAUAACAUAAUACAUAAUAAUGAAGGUUAUGGUGUUGUCUUGGUGAAACCUACAAUCUUCUCUGACCUGCAAGAAAAUGCUGAAGAUGGAACUGAAGAAAAUAAAGCACUUAAAAUUCAGACAAGUGGAGAGCCAGAUGUGACUGAAGGAGUGGAUCUAGAAGAGCUGAUGCAGUGUGCAACUGGUAAAAUGGAGCUUUAUGCAAGAACUGACCUUUCUGAGCAAGUCGAGGGAAAUUGUGAAAUUGUAAAUGAACUAAUUGCUGCCUCCACACAAAAAGGCCAGAUGAAGAAGAAAAGGUUGAGUGAACUGGGGAUCACUCAAGCUGAUGACAACUUAAUGUCACAGGAGAUGUUUGUUGGGAUUGUGGGGAACCAGUUCAAGUGGAAUGGGAAAGGUAGUUUUGGUACAUUUCUUUUCUGACCACAGUGAUGUAAGUAGGUAGAAAGACUGGAUUUUGCACAUGCUGCCCUAAGAAUCACUGCUGCCAUUGUAGUUUGCUUUAAUGUCUGUGUUUUAUAUUUGAUUAUUUGGGCUUGAGUGAAAGGUAGAUUUAUUUCCAUUUGCAGGUGUUGCACAUAAAACACUCCCUCUUUAUAAGAAAAAUCAUAAAUGCAUAUAAAAUAGAAAAUAUUUGGAGAUUGCUUAUCUGAAAGUCUUGCUUUCUUGUACACAUGGCUCUCUCAUAUUAAGCCUGGUAGUAACUUUUUAGUGUAAUUACCUUUAGCACUUCAAAGAUGAGGAAGAAAGGAAGGGAAUGUAAGACUAGUGCAUAAAAAUGCAAUAGAUGUCGUAUGUACAGGGUUCUUCUUAGAGUUGCCUUUUCAUCCCAAUUACAGUGAGUCUGAUUUCCAUCUUGUAUUUGCGUAAUACUUGUCUUAAAAGCUUUUAUGAUUGGGAAUUUAUCUGCCUAAUCAGACUUAUUAUUGAGACUGUCAAUGGGAUGCAUUUUUCUGUUGAGCUAUGCAGUCAUCAAAACAGUGAUAGACAGCAUAGAAAGUUUGAAGCAGAAAUGAAAUGUGUUAUUCAGAGCCAGUGUUGUACAUAGAACAUUUUUACUAUUGCUGAAUGGGAAUGAUUAAAAACAAGGUAUUCUUCAGACCAGUUGUGGCUCACACUUGUAAUCGCAGCACCUUGGGAGGCUGAGGCAGGAGGAUCACUUGAUCCCAGGAGUUCGAGACUAGCCUGGGCAACAUAGUGAGACCCUGUCUCUACUAAAAGUAAAUUAAAAAAAAAAAUUAGCUGGGUGUGGUGGUGCAUGCAUGUAGUUCCAGCCUCAGGAGACUGAGGCUGGAGGAUCCUUGAGCCCAGGAGGUUGAGGCUGCAGUGAGGUGUGAUUGUGCCACUGCAUUCUAGCCUGAGUGACAGAGUGAGACCUUGUCUCAAGAAAAAAAAAAAAAAAAGCAUUUUUCUCUUACCAUUGCAGUAUUCUGAUUAUAUUACUGACAUAGUCAAAAUGAUUAACUGUACAAACUGUAUUUGCUGUGUGUUCUUGGUAUCAUAUUGUAAAACACAGCUUUUAAAAAUAUUUAUAUUUUAAAAACUGUAUGUGACAUUAAUAUGCCUAAUGAUUAAAAUUAUAGUGAUGAAAUAACAAAA